AUGGACUCGGCAUACUGGGACGUCUUCCCCGACGCGGAGGACGCGGAUAUCAGCGACGACGAUGACGAUGACGGUAACGGCGACGAGGCGGACGUCGAGAGCUCGUGCUCGCCGGACCUCGCGAUCCCCUGCGCCAAGUGUAGAUACAGAAACCGGCUGUGCAAGCGGUGCAGGGAUAGACAGCGCCAAGAACAGCAACAACAACAACAACAGAACCAUGCGCCACUGAGGCGGUUGCGGAGUUCGUCUCUCGAACUCGCCUGCUUUUCCGAACCCACCACCUCCCCGGCGCUAGCGACGGCGAGCCGCCUUGAGACGACAACGCCCGAGGCCACGAUCCCAGAGGUCAUGCUCCAGCAGCCGCCUACCUCGGACGACGGGUCCGAGUCCGAGUCCGAGUCCGCGCUGGGGACGACGGCGCAGAAGAACGGGCUCUCGGCGGCGUACGCGCCCUCGCCCUCGUGGAUGUCGACGUACUCGUCUUCGACCUGCGCGACGACGUACACGACGACGCUCGAGCGCUCGCGGCGGGACGGGGACGCGGGGUGGUACGGCGACUCCUGGUUGGACGUAAGGAGCCGCGGACCGCCGUAUCCCCGGCUCCCGAGGACUUCGAGGCGGGAUGCCGGGGCGAGGUCCGGCGGGUGGGGCGGGUGGGGCCGCCGGUCGAUGGGGUCGGGGACGGCAUUCGGGUGGGACGUGUGGGGGGUCGAGAGCGGGAGCUACUUCGUCCUCGAGGGGGCGCGGUGGGGAGAGCAGAGGGUCGUCGCGGCGCCGCCGGGGCGGAAGAGGGCUGGCGAGGCCGUCGCGGGCAGGGGGAGGAGGCAGGGGCGGAGACGGUGGGCCGGGUUCGGAUAUCACCACCCCCUACCCGAGGCCGCCGGGGCGAGGCCGCUGCCGCUCGUGGACCCGCCGACGCCGAUAUACAUGCGCGACGUCCUCGGGAUGGGUGCCGGGGCGGCGCCGUUGUCGGCGCCGUACGUGUCGGGUGCGGGACACGCGAGGGCUGUGUAUUCGAGGGCGUAUAUCCGGGGCACCGGGUCCGCGAGGGGCGUCUGGGGGUCGUUUGCGCCCAGGGACGAGGGCGUGGGCGGCCUCUUGGGGGUCUUGUGGCGGGAAGGCGUCUGGAAGGGCGUCGUGGGGUGUCUGGAUGGUGUGUUUGGGCUCGUGAGGGCGGGUGGUGGUGGUGGCGGGGGAUCGGAUGAUGUGGAUUAG